GCGUAACCAAACUUGCUAGUGUUACUUCCGAAUGCGGAGGUAGUCUUAAGGCUCUGAUGUUUACACCAGUAUUGCCAUGACAGUUUUUAACCCACUGACAAACUAAGUUAGUACAGCGGUGAAGUAACACUAUAAGCUGCUAAAAUGAAGUAGAAAUGAAGUAUUUCAACCCACAACGAUGUGAAUGAUAACCUCGGAGGACACUAACCUACACGCGGAGCUCACAUAAUUAUUAAAGAUGUCAGGUGGGAACCUAUUAGGCAAGGUGCGGUCCGCCUUCAGGAGGGAGCGGAGCGACUGGGACCUGAGCGACACGGCGCCCUUUGACUUCUCCGACGAGCUGGUGGACGAUGACACCCCCAAAUUUAACAAGCUGAAGGUGGUGGUGUCCGGGGAGAUGUCGGACUACUCCGCCGGAGCUCCGUCCAACGGGGUGGCGGUGAACACGCUGGUGGUGGCGGAUGAUGAUGACUCCCUGCUUGACUCCUCUUCCAGCCUAGGCAGCCCGGGGUUGAACAUGGACCCCUGUGACAACUGCGCCAAGAAGAGGGAGAUGAUCAAGCACAAGAGAGUGAUGAAGAGGCUGAUCAUUGCAGCUUUGCUCUAUUUUCUUUUCAUGAUAGGUGAAAUUAUAGGCGGUUACAUAUCAAACAGCUUAGCCAUUAUGACUGACGCUGUGCACAUGCUGACAGACGUGGUGGGCAUUUUGUUUUCCCUACUGGCUCUCUGGCUCUCCACUAAGCCACCCACCAGGAGGUUCACCUUUGGACUGCAUCGCCUUGAGGUGGUAUCGGCGGUCCUCAGUGUGGUGCUCAUCUACAUUCUGACGGCCAUCCUGAUCUAUGAGGCCGUUCAGAGGACGAUACACCAAGACUUUGACAUCGACGGAGAUGUCAUGCUCAUCACUGCAGCAGUGGGGGUGGCUGUAAACCUCAUAAUGGGUUUCUUGUUAAACCAAGGUGGACACCUCCACUCUCACGGCCAUGGUCACUCUCACGGCUCUGCAGCCGCCUCAAGUUCACAGUCAGCAGCGUCAGGUCAGCAGCAGAGGCAGCAUGGCAGCCUGGCUGUAAGAGCUGCCUUCAUCCACGCUCUGGGAGACCUCGUCCAGAGUAUCGGGGUGCUCAUAGCUGCCUACAUUGUCAGAUUCAAGCCGGAGUUCAAGUUGGCAGACCCAAUCUGCACCUACAUCUUCUCCGUUCUGGUUCUCUUCACCACAUUCCGCAUCGUACGAGACACAACAGUCAUCGUGCUGGAGGGUGUUCCCAGACAUUUGGACACACGAAGAAUUAAAGAGGACCUUCUGAAGCUGGAGGACGUCCAAUCAGUCGAUGAGCUGAACGUGUGGGCGCUGACAGCUGACAAGACUGCAGCACUAGUACAUCUCCAACUCACGCCCUCUAGUGCCAGCAACUGGGAGGACGUCCAGGCGAAGGCCCGUCACCUGCUGCUUCACACCUAUGGUCUCAGCAGGUGCACAGUGCAGGUGCAGACACACAGGCUGAGGCUGGUACACAGUUGCACAAACUGCCAGCAGCCCACCGCCUAAAGAGAGAGACUUGUGCUUACCUUAACUUCCACAGUACAUUUCAUGGAGCCACACGGCAGAGAGUAUGGUACGAAGUGCAGCCUGGAUGUAGCAGCGCUGUCACAGCUCAGUGCCAUAGCAGGAAACGCAGUAUACUGUUUGUUAGUGUGAGAAGACUGGUGCCAAAGGACGGUCAGUGAAGCAACAGCACACUUCUAAUUAGAGGAACACUACAUCCUCCAGGGACCUUUUGCUCUUACGCUUGCAAAGCUUUCGAGGGGAAUUUGAAUGCUUGAAGUCUCAGAAUGAAAAUAACUUGCUCUUAAUUCACCAUUACAGCCUAUUCCAACUUCUACCUUUUUUGUUUGUAUUUUACUUUUUGAUUUGUCACAACUGAUGUCCUGUCAUCAGAUGUAAGUUUUACUUUUUGUUACUAGGUGUGAAGACUGUAAAACAGGAUUGUAUUAUUUUACCGAGGAUGUCAGCACAUGAAAAGUUACCUCAUGCCAUUGGAUAAUAACUGUGGUCACGGUGCAUAUAAGCUGUCCGCCUUACCUCCAGCAUCAGUGAGGCAGAAAACCCCUUUAUCAUUGUGUCCCUUUAGUCGACAUCACAUCUCAUCUGAUGCACUUAAUCAUUCAUAUUCCUCUGCCAAAGUCUGUUUAACACAGAUUUUUUAGAUAUUCUUUAAUCAGUCUGUACUGACCAACACUUAAAAUACCAACACUUCUAACAUUUUACUCUAGCAUGUCUCUUAAUGAAUUGUGGGGGAGCACGCAACUGACAAUCACAGUCUGACUUUAAAUAAGGAUAAAUGCUACAGUGGUUGGACCGACCUCAGUACGGUCCCAGCUUCACACUCUAUACUCAGCUUUUUUCAUAUCAGUAACAGUAUAACAACACAGGCAGGUCUGUGAAGUCCUCAGUAUUUCAGAGUUGUAGUGUUUUCAGGGAGGAAGAUGUGAGUUAAAAAUUUGCCAAUUAUAGUGUUUAUAGUGUUUUCUCUGAGAGGCUUUAGGGGGGUUUAUGGUAAACCUUUUCAUGUCUCUGGUAUUAAUCAUCAAGAGAAAUCAGGAACUGGAUCAGUGUUUUUGUUUAUAAUAAAGUAUUUAAUCUUG